AUGGUGUCUCACAUUACAAAACGGACGCGCAAGGAUUCUUAUCGGUCUACCUCGUAUGAGCCUCGUCUUGCCACCGAUGUAGGGAGCUUCGACAAGCGCAUGGAGGAAGCUAGAGACCAUCAGUCUCGGGAACUCACUUCUGAACAGCUCGAUCGAGCGCAAGCGCUUGCCAACAUCAAGUUGAAUUACCAAUGCCCGGACGAAGGCUUGAUCAAGAAGAUGCGCAAAAGGAAUGCCGCUCUGUUCAAUCAAGCGGGAAAGCGCUUUGCACUAUCCACAUUGCCCACAUCAUCGACGUUAUUGUCUUCGCAAAUUAACCAGUUCGCUAGCAAUCUGCCCGCACCACAGCUCUGCCCACCGAACAUAUCUUUUACCAUUUCACAGCCUCUCCUAAGCGCGCAAUCUCUGGCAGACCGCCAGAGUUGGGAAGAUAUCGCGAAGAAAAGCAUUAUUCAUAAAGCAUUGAGUUUGGACAAAGUCUGGGACCGCAAGACGUGGAAGCAGAAAGCAAGCAACAUCGAGCGACUGAAAUUGCUAAAAGACGACGGGUACGACAUCGCACCCUUACAGGGCAUAAAGGGCAAGAGGGUAUCCGCCGAUGCGAUCAUCACCGCCCUACUAGCCCACAUCAAGACACGAAAAGUGAAUGAUACCGACUCUGCAUCUGCUGUGGUCGCUCCGACCACUUUGUUACCACCCUCAGCUAUUAGCGAAGAAGUAUCGGAACCAACGCAAGAGGACAGUUGUGGCAGCCAUGCGACCCCCAUUAUAGCGAACAAAGAGGGUGAGAUAUCCGAUGAGAAAUCUGGAAUAACUGCGGCGGCUCUGCUGUCCGGUAUAGUACCACGAAAGGUCCCGGAAGUUGAACGUAUGAAGAUGGAGCGGCAGUUAUGGGUCACGUCCCCGCUCGCAGGCAUAAAGCGCAAGCAUACUCAUGACGACGAGUACCAGCCUGAUUGGUCCGAGCUGAACCCACACAAAGCACUCCAUGACUUCUAUAAUGAAGCAAAGACCAACCGUCUCAUCGAAUCACCAUGUACCUGCUGUAUGUACGAUAAAGUCAUGCGGGUAUUGACACGGGAAGAGGCCAGUAAGGCCUUUGAAGAGCAAGCUUUCGACAUAGUCAAGCGGCGAAUCGGUCGUGACAUCUUCCGAUACUCAAGGGCAGUGAGAAGGCUCCGUCAUUUCCAAGUGUCAACUGCAUCCAGCCAAUAUGUUGCAACAUCGAAGCCUUCUCGAAUCAUUCUCCAACCGCAGGCAUCGCCCGUUCAUCUACCGUCUGGAUUGCACGCAUGCAUUAGUGCGAACGGCAUGAAUUUGAUUAUAGAAGAGCUUAAACACAUUGCAUAUGGUUGUAAUGGAGACAACAACAUGUACAUCAAAGACCCUGAAGAGACUGAAGAUAGAGAGAGCGAUCAAUUGAUGGAAGCAGGCAAAACUGGAAAUGAACAGUUCUUGUACCAAGUCCGUCUUUCUACCACCCCUGCGCUCCAGAUGAUCAUUGAAGGAGAGACAACUGCACUUAUUGGUCUGGUAAAGCGCCUUUAUGAGAGCGAACUCACUCACUGUCACAGAUGGCAAUAUGACGCGGAUCUGAUGGAGGUGAUCGCAGAUAAUAGGGUGCCAUGGCGUCUGAGCGAUGCGACCCAGUCUGCUUUGGAGCAUCUGGAAAAGCUCCUAGAGACGGGACAGACUCUUGGUGGUGUGGAGGUCCGUCUUGGAUAUGUGGGCAGCCCGGACAAGGCGAGGUCGCGUUAA